AUGUUGGCCGACGUCGUCGUUGCAGCCAUGCGCUGGAUCGCAGAUAAUCAGACGUUUGUUCUUGUAGUCCUGGCAAUCUCCCUCGCAAUCUAUAAGUUGGUUUUAUAUCCAUUCUUCUUAUCUCCACUAAGACACAUUCCAGGUCCCUACCUCCAUCGAAUCUCCCAUAUUCCCUCAUUGGAUGCACAGAGAAGACAUAAAUGGAUCGAGAUCAUCCACAACUUGCAUGCCAAGUACGGCAAUGUGGUGAUUCUUUCGCCUACAGCUGUGUCUUGCAAUGGAGACCCCAAGUUCAUCAACGAUAUCUACGUCAAGAACAUGCCCAAGCACAAAUUCUAUGAGAAUUUCAGAAAUCAUGGCUUCAAAGAUAACAUCUUCGCUUCAUUGGAGAAUGACAGACAUGUUAAGUACAAACGGUUGGUGCAGAACUUGUAUUCCAAGACUGCUGUGUUCAACCCAAAGAAUUCAUCUCGGCAGAAUGUCAUCGAGAAGGUUGGUCAUCUCAUCCAAACAGUCUACAACUCUUCUGUCACCGGCAAAGAACCUGAUUUGCGCAAUGCUAGGCUGGCUUUGAAUGAGCACGGAAAGGGUCAUGCGUUGGGGUCAGGCAAGUGGUUCAACCAGAACAACAAGAAGUCGCAUUUGGGAAUUGACGUGUAUUCCCUUUUCGGAGCUUUGGCCAUGGAUGUUGUGUCUGCCUUUGAACUCGGUAUGGAAAAUGGAACCCACUUAUUGUUGAGUGCUGAGAAGAGAGACAUUCUUGUUCCACACAGAAUGCAAGCAGGAAUGGUUUUCUGGACCACCUUGAUGCCUCGCUUCUGGGACUGGGCCGCUGGUGAAGCUAUCCGCGAGGCAUCCAAACAGAUAGAGGAAUGGCAAUUGAAUUUGUACGCCAAGGCAGAGGAAAAUGUACCUAAGCUCAGGGAUGGUGAGAACAUGACCACAUUGGAGACCUUCAAGAAGAACGGUUACAAAGGAAAGUAUGCUUAUACCUUUCUCAGUGACAAUAUCUUUGCUGGCCAUGAAACCACUGCAAUCCAAUUGACAUACAUGUGCUACGAGCUUUCAAGACCUGCCAAUAGAUUUAGGCAAGCAAGAUUGCGCCAAGAGCUUGUGGAGGCUUUUGGAGUUUCGAAACUGGUGAACGAUAUAAUCAGUGACUUAGAAGUUGUGGAUAAGCUCCCAUAUUUAGAGGCAUUGAUGCAAGAAAACUCCAGAGUUCACACCUCCAUUCCAGGUUCUGAACCUAGAGUGACCGAUAAGCCAUACGUGGUGAAGGUUGGAGACAAGGACGCAGUACUGGUGGAAUUACCCGUUGGUACUCAAAUCUCGUGCCAACCAUACUCGAUGCAUAGAGUGGAGUCUGUGUUUGAAAUGGCUGAUCUCUGGAUACCUGAGAGAUGGCUCCAGAAGGAAAAUGAGAGUGAAUUUGAGUACAAAGCUCGUAUGACCAACAUGCAACGGUACAUGAUGCCAUUCGGAAAAGGAAUCCGCAUGUGUUUGGGGAUGAACAUCGCAGUUAUUGAGAUGAAGUUGGCAUUGGCCAAUUUGUAUUGGAAGUUCACUUCGGAUAUCUGCCGGGACUGGUGUGAUGUAGUGGAGACCGACGCGAAAGUUGGCAACAAGAUCGAAAUUGGCUCUCACUACAUGAAAUCGUCUACUGAUGAGAGCAUGAUGACCAUGGUGGAUGCCUACACCACCAGACCAUAUUUUGAUGAGUGUUGGUUGGAAUGGCUGGAUGCAUAG